AACAAGAACCAAAUCAUCUAAACUCGAAGGAAGAGAGACAUUUGUUGUGUUUUGGGGAUUAGGGAAUUAUAUAUCUUUUCUCCUCGAGUUUCAGGUCUAACUCUAAUUUUCAAAACUCAGCCAUGUCUUCCAAGCAAGGAGGGAAAUUGAAACCCUUGAAGCAGCCUAAGUCUGGUAAGAAGGAAUAUGAUGAGCACGAUAAAGAGUUAAUGCAGAAAAAGAAGGAUGAAGAGAAGGCACUCAAAGAACUCAGGAGCAAGGCAUCACAAAAGGGAUCAUUCGGUGGGGCUGGGCUUAAGAAAAGUGGAAAGAAAUAAUGAGAGACUCUUCUAAUCUCCUCAAAUGUAAAAAUAGCUCAAAUCUCCUUUCUGGUUGGGAACUCAUAUUUGAAAAAAAAAGAUAUCUCUAUACAUAAUAUGCUUUGUUCUAUAACAAUUUUUUUUUGAAACA